CAACGUGGUUCCCGAGUCCACGGUGCUGCUAGCAGUUUUAACUGGUACUUGUCUCGUUUGUGAGGAUGAAACGUUAAGUACCACCCGGUUUGGAUGCGGCUCAGAGUACCAUGCGGUUGCAGGCCAAGCCAAGAAAUCGGAGCUCUUGAGCCUUAGCUGCUGCUUCCUCAUGUGUAUGCAUCUUCCAAACAAAUUUUAAGAGGAUACAGUGACAACUCCGGGGGCCGGGCCUCUUCCUGGAGGCACAGCCAAAGAGCGAAUCUAGCCAGAUGGCAGCCAUGAAUGAAUGGAUGAAGAAAGGUCCCUUAGAAUGGCAAGAUUACACUUACAAGGAAGUCAGAGUGACAGCGAGUGAGAAGGAGUACAAAGGAUGGGUUUUAACCACAGACCCAGUCUCUGCCAAUAUCGUCCUUGUGAACUUCCUUGAAGAUGGCAGCAUGUCUGUGACCGGCAUUAUGGGACAUGCUGUGCAGAAUGUUGAAACUGUGAAUGAAGGGGAUCAUAGGGUGACAGAGAAGCUGAUGCAUUUGUUCCCGUCUGGAGACUGCAAGGCAUACAAUCCUGAGGAUCUGGAAAAGAGAAAGAACAGCCUAAAGAAAUGGCUUGAGAAGAACCACAUCCCUGUCACUGAACAGGGAGAUUCAUCAAGAACUCUCUGUGUGGCUGGGGUCCUGACUAUAGACCCACCAUAUGGACCAGAAAACUGCAGCAGUUCUAAUGAGAUUAUUCUGUCCCGUGUUCAGGAUCUUAUUCAAGGACAUCUUGCAGCUUCCCGAUGAGAGGCCAAGAACUAUGGAUGCACUGAAAUGAGACUUCUUUUUUUCCUUUGUAAAAUGGUUUGAAUGUUAUGGUCAUCAUAAUACAGGACUUUAAAGG